AUGACAAGGGAUUGGAAUAAGGUUAUCUGGACUGAUGAGGCAAAGUUGGAGUUAGGAAAGAGGCCAGGGCACAAGAGAGUGGCAAGAUUACCAGGUGAAGAAUUUCUUCCCGAGAACAUACAGCCAACCUUCAAGAGUGGUCACAAAUCCAUCAUGGUAUGGGGGUGUAUUGCACAUGGUGUGAAAGGUCCGCUGAUCAAGCUGGAAUUCCUGCCUGCAACCAUGAGUGAGAAAGGACGAAGACGAGGUGGAGGCUUGGGUGCAAAAGAGAUAGAGCAGCAGCAGAUAUGUCUCAUGCUUGUUGUCGAAGAUGGAGCACUAGCCCACACAAGCCGCCUCGCAAAAUCUGCUCGGUUGAAACUGGGCAUCACACCCCUAACACAUCCUCCAUCUUCACCUGAUCUUAACCCUAUCGAGCCAUUAUGA